AUGAACGACACCCUUUUGCUGGGUAAUAUAAACACCGGCAAAAAACAAGCAAACAACAAGCCAAAAACUCAAGCCAAAGCUCCUUCUACAAAGCGAGUGAAACAGCCGAAUUUGUUUGAAAAUGGCGCUGCCAGACAUCUGAACUUGGGUACCUCCAGAGAAGCAGCAGUUAAAAGGCAGUUCAGCCCCAACGGGACUAGUAAUGGUUUUAAAAUUUUGCCUGUGAAGCACAGUGGGUUCUCCAGAAUACCCAAACCGCCGCCACCGCCUAGUAGCUCGCACCGUGGUAAUAAUGACAACCAAAACAAAUCAUCGGCGAAUCAUCAGUUUAUUAAACCUUCGAAUCAUGAAAAAGACGUUCGUCCAAAACAUUUUAACACCUCCGGGUUUAAAACUUCAAAGCUAUUUGAUAGCGACACUUUUAAAGAAAUCAAUGAAAUUGAAAAAUUAGAAGUUACCACAAAAAAAGAGGAACUCUUUUCUGCUUCGAGCUUUGCCGAUCUUCAAUGCGACCCUCUUCUGGUAGCAUGUCUCAAGCAGCGUUUCUCACUGGAGACUGCCACCAAAGUACAGUCGCUUUCCAUUCCUGCCUUGAUAUCAGGCAAAGAUGCACUCAUCAAGUCAGCCACGGGUUCGGGAAAAACACUCGCCUACUCAAUACCACUGGUACAACGGCUGCAGGUAGUGGAGCCCAAGAUUACUCGAACUAGUGGUCUUUAUGCCUUGGUCAUUGUGCCCACUCGAGAGCUUGCCCUGCAGACGUACGACUGCUUGAAUGAACUGCUCAAUCCAUUUCGACGAAUUGUGCUUGGACUUUUAGUCGGUGGUGAGAAGAAAAAGUCCGAAAAGGCUCGCAUUCGUAAGGGACUAAACAUUCUGGUAGCCACCCCUGGCCGUAUGCUAGAUCACCUUGGGCACACAAACAACUUGCGACUAGAGAAGCUGCAGUAUCUAGUAAUCGACGAAGCUGAUCGUCUUUAUGAACAGGGAUUUUCUGCCAUAAUUGGCCAAAUUAUGGAGUUUAUUCAGAAGCGAUUCACCGAUCAGACUGUGCAAACUGUUCUGCUGUCUGCCACUCUGUCUAAGGUACCUAAUAUCGGAUGCUUUGCUUAA